AUGUCGGGGGGCGACGCUUACCAGCAGCUCGUCAAGGAGCAGCUCGGCGUGGACCUGUCCAGGCCAGCCGGGCCCCCACCCGGGGCUCAGCCCAUACAAUCCAUGGACCCCCGCGAUAGCUUAGGGGACCGCGCGUUCGAGGAACGGCCUGCCGCGCAGGCGAGCGAGCCACGCGGUGGGGGCACGCGCCUGAGCGCGCUCCUCGAGGAGGACGUCCGCCAGCCCGAACGCCCCGUGCGGCCCGUGCCGCGCACGGUAGAGGACGCGGAGCCCCUGGGCCGACCCGUCUUCCCGGAGGAGAUCCAGCCGGGGCCGGUGUGGCGCGAGACGGAGCCGCCGCCGAAGCCGUCGGAGGCGGAGGGUGCGUGUCGGCGGUUGGGCCUGACGGUCGCCGUCAUCUCCGCGCUCCUCUUCUCGCCCGCAUUGCAGAGCAAGCUGGCGGACUACCUCCCGUCGGCGUUCGUCUUCCGCGAGGGCUGGAUGGAGGUGCUCUCGAGGUCCGUCAUCCUCGGGCUGGCCGUCUACGUCUUCCGCCGCUUCUUCGCGUCCGCGCCGUGCCUCCGGCGAGCGCCUUACAUCCCGGACAACGCCUUCAUCGUCUGCUGCGGCCGCAGGCGGAGCGGCAAGACGGUUCUCGUCACGGACAUACUCCACAGCAAGCGGGACGUGUUCCCCUGUGGGAUCGUCCUGUCGGGCACGGAGGAAUCCAAUUCCUACUACUCGAAGCUCCUCCCGGACUCCUUCAUCUACAGCGACUUCGACGAGGAGGCCCUCUGGAAGGUCAUCGAGAGGCAGCAGAAGAUCAGGGAGCACCAGAACGGCAAGUGCUUCGUGGUCCUCGACGACUGCGCGUACGACAGGAAGUCCAUGAACUCGAAGGUCCUCAAGUACCUCGCCAACAACUCCCGCCACCUCAACAUCAUGGUCAUCCUCACCAUCCAGUACUGCAUGUCCAUCCCCCCCGACAUCCGCAACAACAUCGACUUCAUGUUCGCGUGCGCCGACAACAACAACACGAACCAGAGGAAGCUCUACGAGCACUACUUCGGCAACUUCAACACCCUCAACGAGUUCAAGGAGGUCUUCCGCGAGGCGACCGCCAACUACGAGGUCCUGGUCCUGGACAACGUCGCCAAGACGGGGCUCAACAGCGACACCGUCUUCUGGUACAAGGCCAACCUGCACCACCCCUUCCGCAUGCUGCACCCGUCCUUCUGGGAGUACCACAAGCGGCACUACGACCGGAGCGCCUCGAGGGGCGCCGGAGCCGGCAAGACGCGCCUCCGCAAGACCGAGUGA